AUGUCCACGAAAGAAAUGAAGGUCCUCACUCGCGAAGAGGUCGCGAAGCAUAACAAGGAAGGCGAUCUGUGGAUUAUCGUCGACUCAGUUGUCUUUGACCUCUCUAAGUUUGCGGCAAUGCAUCCUGGUGGUCUCUCUGUCCUACUCGAUGAGGAAAUUGCCGGUCAAGACGCAACCGAGGCGUUCUUCUCCUUGCACCGACAGGAAGUACUGGCCAAACCUCAGUAUCAACGACUGCAAAUUGGUACUAUUCACGGAGAAUCGAAGCAGAUUAAGGCUCUAGCUAUUGGUGAACUUAGCCAGGUGCCAUACGCUGAGCCGUCGUGGCUUUCCUCUGGAUUCCACAGCGCUUAUUACAGCGACAACCACCGCGAGUUCCAGAAGGCUGUCCGCAAGUUUGUCGACGAGUAUGUUAUUGCCGAUGGACAGGCUCGUGAAGAGGAUGGCAAGCGUAUCAGUCAGUCAGUUCUGGAUAAGAUGGCUGAGAUCGAGAUGCAUGCCAUGCGUCUCGGCCCGGGAAAACACCUCAAGGGUCGCACUCUGAUGGGCGGAAUUGUCAAACCAGAGCAGUUCGAUUACUUCCAUGAGCUUAUCGUGACUCAAGAGCUUACUCGAGUCGGAGCUCGUGGUUACGGUGACGGUCUCCUUGGUGGUAUGGUUAUCGGCCUACCUCCUGUUCUUAACUUUGCCAAGCCCGCUCUUCGGGACAAGAUUGUCCCUGAUAUCUUUGCUGGAAAAAAGGCAAGUCCAACUAAUGAAAUUUGGCCACUUAAAAUAACGGCUGGGAAUACGUGCACGGCCGUCAAGUCGGCUGAUGGCUCCCACUGGACCAUCAAUGGUACUAAGAAAUGGAUCACCAACGCCACAUUCUCCGAUUACUUCACUGUUGGCUGCAAGACGGAAAAGGGGCUGACCGUGUUCUUGGUUCCUCGUGGCGAGGGCGUUGAAACCAAGCCUAUCAAGACUUCCUACUCUCCAACCGCUGGUACUGGCUAUAUCACCUUUGAUAAUGUCAAGGUCCCUUCAGAGAAUAUGCUCGGACCUGAGAACGGUGGCCUUUUGGUUAUCCUGAGUAACUUUAACCACGAGCGAUGGGUCAUGUGCUGUGCUAGCGCCAGGAGCCAGCGCUUGAUCGUCGAGGAGUGUUUGAAAUGGGCGAAUCAGAGGAAGGUGUUUGGCAAGCCCUUGAUCUCCCAAGCCGUCAUUAGACACAAGCUUGCGGCGAUGAUUGCUCGCGUUGAGAGCGGCCAGAACUGGCUCGAAACGUCACUUACCAGAUGUGUAACAUGGACUAUAAGCAGCAGAGACUGCUACCGAUGCCACCCAGAUUUUGGUGGUCGUGCGAUCACCAAGACUGGUAUGGGCAGGAUGAUCGAGCACUACCAUCGCACUGUCCCCUUCGACUCUUUGCUUGGCGGUGCAGAAGACGUCUUGGGUGAUCUUGGUGUUCGCCAGGCAAUUCGCAAGAUGCCUAAGAAUGCGCGACUGUAA